AUGGUUUCUAAGAGCAAAUCAAAUACACCUAAUGUUGGCGUGCCAGAUCAUCCAGCAAAUGCCCUUUCAUACGGGAACGAUGAACAAAUAAACGCGUUACUCAAGCUUCAACCUAUUUAUAUGCCAAUCGAUAGACACACAAAUGAAGAAGUACUUACCAAAGUAAGAUCCAGUUAUAAAUAUUUGUACGUGGUUAAUUGGUUAUAUCAAUGCAGAGGUUAUAUAAAGUUACAAUCUGAAUAUUUUGAUGUUGAUCUUUUCGAAAUAGAAUUACUUAACAUGGUCUAUCCACCCCCAAUUGAUGAAUCAAUAUUAUUUAUCAAUAAGUUGAAAUUGGCGUUAAUAUCGACAUUACAAAAUUCCAAGUGUUCAUCAAUGAAUAAUUUUGAAAAAAUAUUUCGACUCUGGUUUGGAUUAGAAACACCAUUGGCUGGUAACGAAGAUGAAGAAGACGAGACGCCUGAACCAAAAUUCGAUAACUUAUUGAUUGAAGACAAAUUUGAAGUUUUAUAUACUUUGAUCUCCUACAUUACUCAAUACCAGAAUUUUAGAAAUUACUUGGACAAAAAUAACAUGUCUUCAGAUUUAACAAGAGUUACGGCAGUCUAUUCUGAAGAAGUGAAAAAAGGAACUUCUGAGGACUAUAUUCUACUUUUCGAUAAUACAAGAUUGUACAAACGAAUUAUCAACUUUCCAGAACUUUCAAUUCCAAAAAAGCGUAAAUUAGCUCCGGAAAUACCUGAAGAGUUUUUCGAACCAGAACAAUUUGACAUUGAAUCUACCUCCUUUGAAAUAAUCAGUAAAAAUAUUUAUGAAUUCAAUGCUUACUUGCUUGAUAUUUAUGGCAAAAGAAAACAAAAGAAAUAUAAGAUUUUGUAUUCUAACUUAGCAGACGAUAUCAUAUUCGAAUCUAUUUUUAAUGCUGAGAUUAAGAAAAGAAAGAUAUUAACCAAUAGAAGGAAGGAGCUUCAGUUAGCAAACUUAUUGGCAACUAGGAAAAGGUCUUCAAGAUUAGAGGCCAAGGAAAAACAAAGACAAGAGGAGCUUAGGUUAUUAAAGCUUCAAGAAGAAGAAGAAUUACGGGUUGCUGGAGAAAAAAGAUUGGAAAGAAGAAGAAUGAUGAAAGAUCAGGGAUUCAAUUUAAGUAAUUCUAUUACCCCAAGUACUAAUUCUUUGUCUAGAGAAGAAAGGUUAAAGUUGAGAAAGCUUACAAGCGAGUCGAAUAAAACAACAGCGAGCCCUGAAAUGGAAUUUCUGACCAUUAUAAAAUCAGAAGAUAAUACAACUCAAGAAGAAGGUGUCAAUAAAACAGAGGAGAUAAAUAAUGAUAUAAAUAAGAAUAUACCAGCACCAGUCAUAAGUGUUCGUAGUGAUAAUGCUGAACUCCAAAAUUCUGUGGGUAAAUAUAAUCUAGAACAAUACAACGGUGCAACUGUGUCAAAUAUUCCCAGUGUUUCAAAUAGAUCACAGCAUGCAUUAGAAAAUACGCAAAACAAUAAUCAACAACCUUCAUUUUUUCAAGAGCCCGUGGAUGAGCCACAUACUUCUGACACUUCAUUGCCUGUUCAACAUGGUUUCAAUGAAAUUCCAAGUCAAAACUUUCAUUCCAUUUCUACACAACCAAUACAAAAUUAUAAUAAUGCACGCCAUCCACAUCAAAAUUAUGACAGUGAGCCAAACCAGAGUUAUGGUAACGUGGCAACUCAAACCUAUGGUAGCGUACCAACACAAAUUGUCCAGAACCUAGGUACGAUUGCGAAUCAACAAGAUUUUAAUCCCAACGUUGGCGAAGUGAAGCGUUUAAAUGAACCAAACCAAGUCAUAGAGUCGCUGAUGACCAAUCCCAAUCAAUCUCCUGAACUAGAGAAUAAAUUCAUGCCUAAUGCAUAUCCAAACCAAAACUUUAAUCAAAUGCAAAAUCAUGGAGCAAACCAUGAUACAAAUACUUGA